GGUCAAGAGUAGAACGCACUGGAGUAUUAACAGAGUCUUGUACAGCUCAAAUGUUCAAAGAACCAGUUUACGUUAUAUUUGGAUAUAAUCAUAUGCAUCUGACUGGUCGAUCCGAGCGAGUUGAAGUCUAUAGGAAUGGACAGCACAUUGCCAACUUAACCGAUGACCAGGAAUAUGAUUUUAAUAUGCCAGUGUACCAUAAUCAUAACCCACCAAUUCAACUGUUACCCGGCGAUAAAAUUGUUACAAGAUGCUUCUUCAACACGUCAGCAAUUCAACGCUGGACUUUCUUUGGUGAAGCUACCACUGAUGAGAUGUGUCUAGCUAACCUCCAUUUAUACCCAAGGUCUGCACUUAACUUUGAAGCCUUCCCCACAAUAACAGGCUUAGCAGAAGGUGAUCUAUCAUUUUGUGAUCUGUCUCAAGGAACUCCGUUCAAAGGGUGUAACUGGGCGUCUCUGGUCAAUCCCGAGAAGGAAGACUUUGUUCGUUUAUCUCAAGAUCUGUACGAUAAUUGUAAUCUUGAUGGAUUCUGUCGACCUGAAUGUAAAGAAGUUAUUCAAAGUAUCGUAUCCAGUCCAUGUUUUCAAGGGCAUACUGCCAAGUUUGUCAAGACACAUCUGGCUAAGACUAAACCAGGCCUUGAGGUUCUUGUACGUCUGCAGUCAUGUUCUGUUAAUUUGUUCUGAUGUCGAUUACUUAAAUAAAGUUUCU